CUGUGAGGUGUGAUGAUGUCACCGUCUAUUUCUCCAUGGAGGAGUGGGAGUAUUUAGAAGGACACAAGGAGCUUUACAGGGAGGUGAUGAUGGAGACCCACCAGCCCCGCGGCUCUCCGGUAGCUGAAUCUGCCUGCGGCGACAUCUUCAUUAAUUCCGGGGAUUGUGGGAAUGAAGAGAAACGCGACCUUCUUCAAACAGACCCUCAGAAUGUGAAUAUAGAAAGUGCGACGGCGAGCGAGUCUUUGGAAGAUAUUACAGGGCAGUCAGACCGCGACGCUCACACAUCACAAGAACCUGCGCGGCGGGCUCCUGCUCAUACAUCGCCGACCCCCGUCACGCGGGAAGCCGCAGACUUUACUUUGCUUCGUAUAAAAGAGGAACCAGCCUCCUCCGAUGAAGGUGACGUCACAGACGAGGAGGUUGACUACGUAGCUAUUCGCAUCACGGAGGACCCAGACUUGGAAGAGACGCAGAGAUUGUGCGAUAUGUGGGAAAAACCGCUGUCGUGUUCCGAAUGUGCAACGUUUUUUUCCGAGAGCUCAGCUCUUGACCAUCGCCAGGAUUCGUUUUUAUGCUCCGAAUGCGGGAAGGCCUGGGGGGAAAAGCCGUUCUCGUGCUCGGAGUGCGGAAAGCUUUUCAGACAGAACUCGAACCUCAUCAUCCAUCAGCGGAUCCACAGCGGGGAAAACCCGUAUGCAUGCGCGGACUGCGGGAAGACCUUUACCUGCAGCACUCGUCUCUUGAACCAUCAGGGCACCCACAAAGCUGAGAAGCCGUACUCGUGUACUCAGUGCGGAAAAUGCUUCACCAUGCGAAAUUGUUUCAACAUACAUCGCAGGAUCCAUAUGAAGGAGAAGGCACAGCCGACUCUCGCCGGAGAAAAGCCGUUCUCGUGUUCGGAGUGCGGGAAGUGUUUCAGAUGGAACUCGGACCUCGUUAUACAUCAGCGGGUCCACACCGGAGUAAAACCGUAUUCGUGCUCGGAGUGCGGGAAGAGUUUUAGUCACUACUCAUCCCUUGUGAAACAUCAUCGGAUCCACACGGGAGAGAAGCCAUAUUCGUGCUUUGAUUGCGGACAGAGGUUUACGAGCAGCUCGUCUCUGGCCAAACAUCGGAAGGCCCACGCAGGAGAAAAGCCAUAUUCGUGCAUGGAGUGCGGGAAGAGCUUUACAGACAACUCUUCUCUUGUGAGCCAUCGGAGGGCCCACACGGGAGAGAAGCCAUAUUCGUGCUUGAAGUGCGGGAAGAGUUUUUCAUACACCUCGUCUCUCACAAAACAUCAGAGGAUCCACACAGGAGAGAAGCCGUUUUCUUGCACCCACUGCGGAAGGUGUUUUGCCCACAAAAGUAGUUUAAAAAAACAUUCUAAGCUUCACACGGGGGAGAAGCCGUUCUUGUGUUCUGAAUGUGGGGACGCUUUUACUGAGAGCUCAGCUCUUGUCCGUCACCAGAGAUCGCACACACGGGAAAAGCCGUAUUCCUGCUCCGUGUGCGGGAAAACCUUUAGCUGUGAAUUUGUUCUCAUUACCCACCAGCGGAUCCACACGGGAGACAAGCCCUUCGCGUGCUCGGAGUGCGGGAAGCUUUUCAGACAGAGCUCCAACCUCAUUAUCCAUCAGCGAGUCCACACCGGAGAGAAGCCGUAUUCCUGCUGUGAGUGCGGGAAGAGGUUUACGCACAGCGUGUGUCUUCAGAGACAUCAGAGCGGCCGCAGAGGAGAGAAACCGUACUCGUGUACUGAGUGCGGGAAAUGUUUCACCAUGCGGACUUGUUUUAAUGUACACCGUAGGAUUCAUAUGAGGGAGAAGUCACAGCGGAUCCAGGCGGGGGAAAAGCCCUUCUCGUGUUCGCAAUGCGGGAAGUGUUUCAAAUGCAGCUCCGAACUCACCGUACAUCAGCGGGUCCACACGGGAAUAAAUCCACACCCGUGCUCGGCGUGCGGGAAGAGAUUUAGACACCGGUCGUCUCUCGUCAAGCAUCAGCGGUCCCACACCGGAGAGAAGCCGUAUUCGUGCCCGGAGUGCGGGAAGAGCUUCUCCCACAGCUCGUCUCUCGUCAAACACCGGAGGGACCACACCGGGGAGAAGCCGCAUUCCUGCUCGGAGUGCGGGAGGAGUUUUUCUCGCAGCUCGUCUCUCACCAAACAUCGGAUAACCCACACGGGGGAGAAGCCGCAUCUGUGUUCUCAGUGCGGGAAACGGUUUACCCAGAAAAGUAGCUUAAAUAAACAUCGGAAGAUCCAUGUUAGGGAGGAGUCACGGCUAUGACAUCACUGUGUCAGAUUUGCAUCACAUACCCCAAUAGAUCAUGUGAUGUCCCAAGCAGAGGGGGGGGGGUUUCCUUGUAUAUUUGGUUCCUGGGUCUUUAGGGGUCUUGGUGGACAACAGGAAGUGAUGUAAUAGCUUAAAUAUGAAAAUAAAUGUAUUCUUGUUACUGUA